AUGCAGGCCACAAACAGCCGAGCUGCUGCCGGGGGGGGCAACAGGGAGAUGGCAGCAGUGGGACCCCCCGGUGCCGGUGCGCCACAUCUAAUAUUCCCUCGCACUCCCCUCAUGAUGCCACCGGGUAUCCCUUUGCCUAUAGGUGGCCCCUUCCCUGGAGGAGUUCCCCCCGCCCUAUUGCCAGGCGCAUUUGCACUGCACCAUGCUGCAGUUGCUGGUGCUGCUGCUGGUGCUGCUGCAGCAGAGGAAGCUCGUAAGGCUCAUGAGCGGUCAAUUAUUAUGCCUCCUAACGAUGGGUUGCACCCAGUUGGUGUCCAUGUCGGCCCUCAGCGUGGUGGUCGGGGGCCGGGGGGUAGGGGUUCAGGAAGCAAGCGCCACGGGGUCGAACGCAGUAGUCAAUCCUGGCGUCGGCAGGGUCCAGAUGAGGGUACAGGGAGCACAAUCCGAUCUCAAAGAGGACGGGCUGAAUGGCGAGGUGGGGGGCCCCGAGGAGGUGGUCCAGGGGGUAACAGGUGGCGGGGUGGGCAGGCUGAGGGAGGUAGUGGUACUCUCAAGAAGCGUCAACGGGUAGUGGAUGGAGGUCCUCAUGGGGGAUCAGAUUCGGAGCUGUCGUUGAUGUCUGUAGCAUCAGAUGAGCAGAACCAUGGCAGACGGAGUCCUUCGGUCGAGUUUAUGCAUCGCCAGGGGCCUUCUAAGGGCAACUCCCAUGCAGGAGCAGACAACGUAGGCGAGCUCUCUGCCGUAUUGACUCCCAUGUCUUCUGUCUCGCGUUCCAGCAGGGAUUCCUCUUUGUCGCGCACCUCAUCUCCAACUGAGGGCCCCGAGGUGCUACGGGGGGUGCCUCCUCUUGAUCUUGCAGGAGCUUCGGCGGCUUGCAACAAUUCCAGCGUUAGAGAUGGCGGUGUAACACCAGAGUGGCCUCCAGGGUUGGGGGUGUCUGGGGGCCCUCUACAGAAUUUGAGACCCCAAGCAGGGUCAACUUAUAGGAUGAGGUCGCCUGCUGCUGAUCCUCCACCUGGAUGUGUUGCGGAGUCUGUAGCUGGCAGUGUCCCCCCAACGCAGCAAAACCAGAAACGCAUCCAGCAGAAGCGCGCAGGGAAAUUCUUGUUUGAUUUGUGGGUACCCACGACGUUUCACCCGAUGGGUAAAGACGCAGUGAAGGCAGUACUGGGAGUCAGAGGCAGCACCCACAAGGAAAUGGAGAGGGUUGCGGGGGCCCACGUGCAAAUUUACGGCAAACAACUCAACAGGAAUACAAAAAAGCACGAAUAUGAUGAAUUUAGGGACAAUCAGCCUUUGCAUUUGGUGGUAACUAGCGACAGACUGCGGAACCCCAACCCAACCCCCGAUGAGCAACUGCAGAUUGUGCACCGGCUACAGAAUAUGCUCGAGGGCCUCGUGCGGGAGAACUGGCCGGCCUCAGCGGGUCACACACCUCACAGUUUCUUCGAGAAACAACAGUGUCUUGGGCCCUCCACGGGGCCCCUCGUUGAAGUGAACCCACUCGACGGCACAUGCCACGUUCUCAGGCAGGGCCUCCCCUCCCUUCGAGUUGCGGCUGGGGCAGGUGAUAGCGGCAACGGCAGCCGAUUGCACGGGGAACCCCCUCAGCAGCGGCGGCCUGACUCCCCUUGUGUUUCUGAAGUGGAUGAGCUGGUGGCGGGGGAGGUGAGACAUCCCAUGAACUUUGUCUCACAACGUGGAGCCCUCCCGCCUCCCCAGCAACAAUUGAUUCAGCAGUCUGCAGACAAAAAUCAGCAGCAGCAGGUAUCCCAAACGGUGCCUUGGGGUCCCUCCAGCGCAGGACCACACCACCUGCCUGCUGGCAGUGUGGGUAGAGCUUAUUUUAGUUUGUCUAAGUGGGAUGGGGACUGUACUUUUUUAUUUGCAGGAGUGAGAUUUCAAGGAGACCCUACACUGCUUCUGGACUUGCCCCCCUCCAUGUGUUUGCUAAUGCUAACGCUGCAGGGGCUCCAUGCAUUGUUGGCGGAGGAGGGGCCCUGCAGUCCAGCCUCUUUACCAAGUCGGUUUGUGCAAAAGUGGGAUGUGCCUUUGAAGGUUUCUAAGGCAGAGUACGGCUUGGACGCAUCGUGCCCGCUGUCAUGGAGUGAUUCUGUUAUGGGCUUGGUAAUGCACUUCCCAGAGGUCUUUAUGGUGGUUGGCGACACCUGGGGAGCCUCGGGGGAAACGGGUGAAGGUAAAGAACCUACUGUAUCCUCAGUUGAAGUCCCACAAUUCAGAGCCGUGGCCGCGCGCAUGCGGCAGCUCAUGGCCUCUUGA